GAGCGGAGAUCGUUUACGGUUUGGUUUAUCUUCCUGCAAAACACUUCCGCGAGUCCCCUCUUCCCUGAACUCUCUCUCUCAUGGCGUCAAUUUCAUGUAUUGGAUCUCCCCGGCAAUGCUUAGCGCUACCUUGUGGUGGAAAAGCUUCUCAAGCGAGAAGGCACGCCCAAAUGAAGCCCAUAUCUUUUCGGGAGGCAGACGAGUUUCCUACUUCGAAUGUAUCCAGCUUGUGUGAAAGCUGUGCCGUGGGUGGUGGACAAGUCUUUCAGAGAAGGGAUCUUUUAAUCUCAUCCAUUGGUUUCCUAGCAGGAGCCGGGAGUGCUUCAAAGGCUGGAGUAGCUGUUGCUUCUGAAUUUGCUGACAUGCCUGCACUUAGGGGAAAGGAUUAUGGCAAGUCAAAGAUGCGGUACCCAGACUACGUUGAAACAGGAUCAGGCCUUCAAUAUAAGGAUCUGCGAGUAGGAAAUGGGGCCAUCCCAAAGAUGGGAGAGACUGUAGUGGUUAAUUGGGAUGGUUACACCAUAGGAUACUAUGGUCGCAUAUUUGAAGCUCGAAAUAAGACAAAAGGUGGAUCAUUUGAGGGGGAUGACAAGGACUUUUUCAAAUUUAGAAUAGGGUCCCAACAGGUAAUACCAGCUUUUGAAGAAGCUGUUUCGAGCAUGGCCUUGGGUGGCAUUAGAAGGAUCAUAGUGCCCCCAGAGCUGGGAUAUCCUGAGAAUGACUUCAACAAGAUGGGCCCAAGACCAACAACAUUUUCGGGCCAACGAGCUUUGGAUUUUGUGCUGAGAAACCAAGGGUUGAUCGACAAAACCCUACUGUUUGAUAUUGAGCUCCUCAAAAUCUUACCAUAGUAACCUGUCAAGUUCAGCAUUCAAUCAUGGGUGCACCAUCUAAGCGCAUCAAUAUUACUUUUGGCCUUCUGAGAGGCAGAUCUUCUAGUAGGAAAAAGAGUCCUUAAACAGUCGCUUGUGUCGAUGGUGCCGAAAGAUUAUGAGCUGCCAGGACACCCAUUUUGUAGAUGCUGACUAAUUUCUUGAGCGUGGGGAAUCAUUGAUGAGAAGGUGAGAAAUGGUUGGUUCUCUCUGUUACCCUUGGGAUGAACAGGCAUGAUGAGCAGCACAUGGUUUAAGAUGAACUGGCAUGGUGAGCAGUACAUGGUUUGUGCUAACUGGUAUUCCCACUUAAAAGACCAAUGGGUGUGCAAAAUUAUAGGAGAUUUCAAAAUAUUUUUUGCUUUAUUCAGUCCUCAUUUAGUAUAUACUUAUUACCUAAAUAUGUAUGGAAAAAGAUUGUAUGGAUUGAACUUUGUGUUAUAAUGAAUCAGCAAUAAUUAUAUUCCCCA